AUGGAGAAUUACUUUAGGAUGGUUGUUUAUAUCGACAAUGAUAAGAGGGAGAUAGUUACUUUUCUGUUCCAAUAUGAGGCACAGGUAUGGUGGGAGUGCGUGGAGAGGGCUAGAGAUAUGUCGACCAUGACAUGGGUGGGAUUUGUGAGACUCUUCAAGGAGAUGUACUUUCAAGCAUCAGUGAUAGAGCAGUUGGAGGUGGAGUUCCUCUCUCUAGUUCAGGGAACUAUGAGUGUUAGGGACAAUGAGGUGAAGUUCUCACAGUUGUACCGAUUUUUGAGUCCUUGGGAUGCUCUGAGUUUGGCCAAGAAGUUUCAACGGGGGCUGAAUGCUUCUCUCAGGCAUAAUGUAGCACUUCUGGAGCUACCUACUAUAGCAUUCAUCUUAGCUAAGGCCAUGGCUCUUGAGCAGGAUACCCAGACUCACUAG